AUGAUAUAUUAUAAAUUACCAUCAGAUGAACCCUCUCAAGAUCCUACUGGUGAAAGUUCUACUGACAGUGAUGAUGAUAGUGAAGAGUCAGUUUAUAGAGCAGAAGCAGAGCCUGUCAGUGAGGAUGAUUAUGAGGUGGAGGAAGAGGAAGAAGUAAAGCCAAGGAAGAAACAGGCAAAGAAAGGGAAUUCAGUGAAGGCAAAGGUUGAAAAUGAGGAGCAAAAGAUGGUACUGUAUGAUGAAGGAAAGAUUGAAGGUAGGGGAAAAAAGAAAAUGAAAACUGAAAUGGUUCAAGCAAUAGAAACUGAUGAAGUUGAGGAAAUUCAGGAAGAUGAAUUUGAGGAAGAGAAAUCUUCAAAGAGAGGAGGACAUGUGAAGUUCAUUGCAUGGAUAAAAAAGAUGACACCUACCCAAAAACAACAAGUUGUUGAUAUAGGGUUAGGAUCACUUCUUGACAUUAGUUUACCUCAACUUGAUCAAAAGUUUUGUAACUGGUUAUUGGGAAGUUUUGAAGAAAAUAGCCAGUGUUUUGAACUACCAAAGAAUGAAAAAAUAGAAAUUGAGGUAGAGGAUGUUAGGGUAGUUUAUGGCUUGCCUACAGGAGAAAUUCCAAUUGUUGAGCCAAAGUCUGAUAAAAUUAGUGAGGAGUAUGCAGAAUUUCUGAAGAAAUGGAGAAAAUCAUGGUCAGGAAAAACUCCAUCAGUGAGUCAGAUUGUGAAUGGAUACAUAAAUGAUAAAUUCACCAACAACAGACCACCAAUUGAACAUUUCAUUACUAACUUUUUAGCAGUGGCUGUGAACUGCUUGAUGAAAUGUGUAUCAAACAAUCAAUGCCAUUUCAAAUUUCUUUAUUCUAUGAUGGACAAAGAAAACAUAAAAAAUUUGAACUGGUGUCAGUUUGUAUAUGACUCACUUAUCAAAUGUCAUGUUGAUUGGAGAAAGCAGCAAGGCAAGGGGUUCUACAAAGGCCCUCUUCAAUUUCUGAUGUUGUUCUAUUUUGAUAGAGUUCAGAGGUUAGACAAAAGGCCUCCAAGAACAAUUCCUAUCAUAUCUGCAUGGAAUAGAGACAUGGUUCUUGAGAGGUUGAAGAUUGAAUUAGAAUUGGGAUUUGGGAGAGGGAAAAUUCUACCAAGGAUUGCUGCAGAAGUUGAAGAAAGUCCUAAGGUUUUUAUGGAUGAUUUUGUUUCCCUGGUAAAAACAACUUGUUCAAACCUGUCAAAGCUUUCUUCAAAAUUGGUGAAGGCAAAGGAUAUCUUCCCUGGAAAUGACUUGGUGAAAAAAGUUGAUGAAGUUUUAGGAAAGGUGGCAGCUAGGGAACCAUCAAUUCUAAGCCAAGAUGAAGAAUUCUUUGGCAGUGAGGAUUUCCUAAAUGCACUUGCACAAGCUGAGAAGAAUCUGAUGCAAGGGUCUGAAAAGCAAACAACUGAGAAGCAAAUGACUGGGAAGAAAUUAACCAAAAAGGGAAAGGAAAAAGAACAAGAAUAUGACAUCAGAAAAGCUUUCAGCUUGGGGUUGACUCCACCUUCUCCAGCCAUUGAAACAGGGCCCACCUCUUCAACACUUGGUGAUAUAAUUGAACAACCAAUAAUUUCAACAAAUGCUGGAGAAAAGGAUGUGGGUAAAACUUCAGCAGCUUCAGAACAAAGAAUUGAAGAAUUUUCUAGAACUGACGCAACAACUGGUUCAAAAUUUGAUGCUGACACUAGGUCAGAUAAUGAAGGAUUGCCUAGAACAGGAUCUGGUUCAGUGGUUGAUGCUGACCCUAGGUCAGAUGGUGGUGAAAAAAGUGAUGAUCCAAAAAACACAGUUGGAGGUGGAAAACAAAACAAGGAAGAUGUUUUUGAAAAAACAAAAAAUGAUGAAAAAGUGGAGGGUGAAAACAAGAAGAUUGUUGCUUCAUCCUCAAAAGUCACAAAAAGGAAUGAUGAUAAGAAAAAGUCAAUUGCAGAAAAGAAGAAAAAAACUGAAAAGGAAAAGGUUGAAAGACCAAAACGCGAAAAGCAAACAAUUCCUCCUGCUUUCCGAUCUCCUUACUUGGUGAAGUACAAGGAUCUGUUUAAAGAUGAGAAAGCCAUGAACCAAAUUGCAGUAGACUUUGCUCUUGGUGGAAAAGAUGAAAGUGCACUCUUAUACUAUGAUGGCUUGAAUCUCAUCAAUAGAAAUGAAAUGAAAACUCUUGGAGAUGAUGUUGAAGUGACAAAUUGUGUCAUAGAUGGAUGGGCAAGGUUUCUUAAUCAUAAAAAGCCGAGAAACAAGAUUUAUUUCUCAACAGUGCUUCAUCACAUUAUGUGCACAAAUAGAGUUUGUCGAGAAGGAUCAUCAAUGAAGACAAGAAUUAAUGCCUUCAUAGAAAGAAUUGACAAUGAACUGAAGUUGAAUAAAAUUGACAGCAUUGUUGGAUAUAAACAGGUCUUCUUCCCAGUAUCAACUUCUCAACAUUUUUUUCUGUUGUGCGUCAAUCAUAUAGAAGACAAAAUUCAUAUAAUUGACAAUAGAAAACUACCAAAAAAGGUAUCAGUCCAAGCAAAAUAUGAAGAACAACCAAAAAUGAUGUUAAAAGGAUUGGCAGAGUACAUGAAACACCUUGGAUAUCAAGAUGCAAAAAGAAUUGAAGACUACACAGUUGUUUUGGAAAAGAUGAAAUGGCGUAGCAACAAUGACUAUACAAACUGUGGAGUUUACAUUAUGAAGCAUAUGGAAACCUUCACUGCUGAUCCUAAUGAGAGCUGGAUUUGUGAUUUAAAACCAAACAAUGUGGAACAAAUUAGAAAUCUAAGGCUCCAAUACACAGCAGAACUGAUGUUAUUUGAAGAAAACACUGAAUCAAGAGCAAAUAGAAGGAAAGCUAGAAAAUUUGCAACUUUGUAGUUUCAAAUGUUCAUUUACAACUAUGUAUAUGUUCAUUUCUUAUAUAUGACUAUUUUU